AUGAAGUUUGCUGGAGCCGUUUCCGUCGCUGUCUUUCUGGCAGUGAGCAAUGGGGCAGAAGCCGGACCUGGAAAGAAAGGUGGCUACACUACGACAACCACUGCAAAGCCUAACCCUUUGAAUGUUGAGAGGGAGUGCUUUCAAGUUCCCUACAGCAUCGAGAAGACAUGCUACAAGGAAGAAAAAGUUUCUCGCCCGUACACUUGUCCCUCGCCUAUUGAAGAAGAGGUUUGCCAUACCAUCAGUGAGGAAGCACCUGAUACCUGCUACGAGCUAGUCCAAAAAGAAGUCCAAUAUGAAUGUCCGAAGGCCACCAAGCAGCAACUGUGCUCGACGAUCCCCGUCACCUUGAAUAAGACUUGCAAGAAGUCGGUGACUGAGAAGAUUGCUGGAGCUUGCCCAAAAAUCAUCAACGUGCCACAGUGUGAGAUUAUCUCUCGGCCAAGCCAAGACGUUUGCUACGAAUCUGAAGCGUUUGAGCAGGAGUAUGCGUGCUGGGGUUCUGAGACACACCGAGAAUGCGAGGUUGAGAUGCGCUUGGUGAAUGACAUGUGCAACAGGACGGUCGAGUCGCCUGUGCCAUACGAGUACGAAGACACGAUCUUGGAGAAAGUGUGCACAACGAAGCUGCACACGAAAGCAGGGCAAUGCCGGAAGCGUAUCGAGACAGAAGAGCAGUAUUCUUGCCCUGAGACAAAGUGGGAAAAGCGGUGCUUUGAGACUUCCAAGCUGGUUCAGGAGCCGUGUGAAAAGCAAAUUGUUGCGGAGGAGGCUUAUGACUGCAGUGAAACGAAACACGACUCAGUUCAAAAGACCUGCUCUCGACGUAUUCCGAAGAAGGCACUGAUAGAGCGAUGCGCCCCCAGCAAGAAAGAGCAUUCGAAAAAACUCAGGCGUUUGGGGCCUGCGAAGAAAGGCGGGAACUGCGAGCUGGUCGAGGUCCUAUCUGAGGAGAUUGAGACGUACCCUUGCACCGAGGAAGUUCUAGUGGCAGUGCCCAAAGUCUGCACGCGUCAAAUCGUCAAGAAUGUGACAGAAAUGUGCCCAAAGCAAGUCCCAGACACGCAGUGCUCCAUGGAAUCGGUUGCUAUCCCUAAGGUUUGCUCCCGACGGGUUUCCAAAGAGAUUGAGGUACCUUGCGAGGCUCAGACUCAAGAAGAAGUGUGCGAUGAUGUGCCCAAAAUGAUCAAGAAGCAAGGCUAUCGCUUCGAAAAGAAGAACGAGAGCUUCCCGUGCCAGCGACAUGAAUUUGAGGAGAAGUGCUACGAGGUGAAGAAGCCGAAGAGGGACACUUGCGUGGCAACCUUGUUCAAGACAGUUGAGAAGCCAUGCACUCGACAAGAGUUCCAGGAAGCCUGCCGUGAUGAGCAGCAACUUACCAUGCAGCCGUGCCUGGAAGAGAAGAAGCAUCAGAUUGAGGUGCCAUGCCCUGAGCAGACGACUGAGGAAAAGUGCAUCUAUGUUCCGGUGUAUGAGAUGGGCACCUGCACAACCGUCAUCCAGGACGUUCAACAAAUCCCUUGCAAGAAGCAGCAACCAGCAAUCCGUUGCGAGACGCUGAAAUCGGAGCGUGCUGGAACAUGCUUCAGGUCUGAUAGUAUUCAGAUUCCCUACACGUGCUACGACGUCGCGUAUGAAGAGAAGUGUGUCGAGCUUCCAGUGACCGGCGCUCCUCUUCCACCACCUGGCAAGAAACUCUAA